AUGGAUCGAUGCGAACCAAAAUUUCCUUAUGAUUCAUCUGUUGCUUUGCUUGAAGUUCUCGAUCCAGAAUUAAAUAAAGCUUUUGCCUUCAUUGAUCCUCAUGGUUUAUCUGGAGGUUCUUUCUUGUCAGCUGGUUUAAAAGUUAUAAGGGAGAUUGCGAGUGUAUGUAGAGCAAAAUCUGUGAAGGAUAAAGAAAUCAAAUAA